UUGAGUCGCGGGAUGACUACGUCAUUCAACACGCGACGGCGAGCAGGCUUCUCCAUGCUGUUUAUCUAGAGUCCAGCGUGUGUGUUUUUGACUCGAUCUUGCUGCGAUUCUCGUCUUUAGUCAUGGAGAAAAAAGGCCCAAAUCCUGUUGGGAAAAAACCGAAACCCCAAAAGAUGAAAGCGAGCGUCGACCCCGUCAGAAACUUCGAGAAGUGGAAGAAAAAGUACAACCGGACCAAAGCACGAGUGAAGCAAGAGAGGGCGCAGAAGAAGAAGCCCGAGUGGCAGGUAGAACGAGAGUACAUCGAUAAGCUGGUGAGCAGGUAUGGAGAAAUCAACCUCAAGGAGGUUGUCAAGUUCUCCGACUUCCCCAUUUCUAAGAAGACCUUGCUGGGCCUGCAGGAGGCUCAGUAUCGGCAGCCUACGGAGAUCCAGCGGCAGACCAUCGGCUUCGCUCUGCAGGGGAAAGAUGUUCUCGGUGCGGCUAAAACUGGCUCCGGUAAGACUUUAGCCUUUCUCAUACCGGUCCUGGAGUGUCUCUACCGCCAGCAAUGGAGCUCCAUGGACGGCCUCGGUGCUCUCAUCAUCUCUCCCACCCGAGAGCUCGCCUACCAGACCUUUGAAGUCCUGCGCAAGGUGGGCAGGAACCACGAGUUUUCUGCAGGGCUCAUCAUCGGCGGAAAAGACCUGAAAAGCGAGUGUGAGAGGAUUCACCGUACCAACAUUGUCAUCUGCACCCCGGGCCGACUCCUCCAGCACAUGGAUGAAACGGCCACCUUCCACGCGUCCGACCUCCACAUGCUGGUCCUGGAUGAGGCAGACCGCAUUCUGGACAUGGGCUUUGCAGAUACGCUCAAUGCCAUCGUGGAGAAUCUCCCCAAGUCCCGGCAGACUCUGCUGUUUUCUGCCACGCAAACCAAAUCAGUCAAAGACCUGGGCCGGCUCAGUCUCAAAGAUCCGGAGUAUGUGUGGGUGCACGAAAAAGCCAAGUUCAGCACGCCAGCCACGCUGGAGCAGAACUACAUCGUGUGUGAGCUCCACCAGAAGGUCAACAUGCUCUACUCAUUCAUUAGGAGCCACCUAAAGAAGAAGAUCAUAGUCUUCUUCGCCUGCUGCAAGGAGGUGCAGUACCUGUUCCGAGCUUUCUGCCGUCUCCGGCCAGGCAUGCCCAUCCUGGCUCUGCAUGGAAAACAGCAGCAAAUGAAGAGGGUGGAGGUGUACAACGACUUCCUCAAGAAGCAAAACGCUGUGCUUUUUGCCACCGACAUAGCUGCCAGAGGCCUGGACUUCCCUGCCGUCCACUGGGUGCUGCAGUUUGACUGUCCAGAGGACGCCGACACAUACAUCCACAGGGUGGGCCGGACGGCCAGGUACAAGGAGGGUGGAGAGGCCCUGCUGCUGCUGCUGCCCUCGGAGGAGAAAGGCAUGGUGAAGCAGCUGGAGGAGAAGAAAGUUCCCAUCAACAAGAUACAAAAGGAGACAUUUCAAACCCUCGGUGCAGUACUUUGCAUUACUCCCCAGGAAUUCCACGUGAACCCAGACAAACUGCAGAACGUGCAGCAGAAGCUGGAGGCCUUCCUCGCUCAGGAGAAGGAGCAGAAGGAGCGAGCCCAGAGGUGUUUUGUUUCCUACCUGCGCUCGGUGUACCUCAUGAAGAACAAAGAGGUGUUUGAUGCCUUUAAGAUCAAGCUUCACGAGUACGCUUUGUCCCUCGGCCUCGCUGUGGCCCCAAGGGUUCGGUUCCUAAGUAAAGCUCAGGCACAGAAAGUAGAGAAAGAAGUGCAGGAGGAGGAGUCUGAGGAAGAAGAAGAGCUGAGGAGAUUUAAGGCCCAGCUGAAAGGAGAGGUUUCUCGUGAGGAGCAGCAAAACUCGGAGUCAGACGAGUCCAGUGAGGAUGAGGACGGUGGUGAUGAAGGAGGUUUGGAUACGUCCAAGACAUUAACCCCGAGUGCAGGUGACGCUGAUGACGACGAUGAUCUACGAGACUUGGACCUGCUGACAGUCAAACGAAAGGAUGUCUUUAAUCUGACGGAGGAUCAGCAGAGUCCAGAGGAUCCUGAAAAUGACCCAGAAAAGAAAACUGAGAAAGAGACAAAGUACAAAGAAGCUAAAAAGAUCCUCAAGAGAAAGUUUCAGGUAAACACCAAAGUGACUUUCAAUGAAGAAGGUGAGGCUGUGCAGCUUUGGCCACCAGUCCAGCAAGCAGUGACUGCUGAGGAUGAGGGGGAGGAAGAAGAGGAGGACGUUUCGGGACUCAAUGUGGAAAAGGCUCGGGAGAGGCUGAAGCGGGAAGAUCAAGAGUUUGAUAAGCAGGAGUACAGCCGCAAGGUGAAAGCCAAACACCGAGAGAAGCGGCUGAAGGAGAGGGCUGCCAGGAAGGAGGCAAGCAAGCGGGACCAGGACGAGGAGGACGAGGUCGUGGCCUACCUGGCCAAUGACAGCGAAGACGAGUUUGACCCCAGUGCCCUGCCAGAUCCCGACAAAGUGCACUCGUCGUCUUCUUCGUCGUCAGAGGAGGAGGAGAAGGACGAGAUGGAAAUGGGGUCGUCUAAACGGCAGCACAGCAGUGAAGAGGAAGAGGAGGAGGACAGCGAAGAGGAGGAUGAGAAGCAUACAGCAGGAAAGAGGAGGAAAGUGAGCGAUGAAGAUGAUGAGCACACAGCUCUGGACACUGGUCUCUCUUUGGCAGAGGAUGAGGAGUUAGUCUUACAGUUGCUGGGUGGGCGAAGGUAGAGGACCCAAAGAGAACAGAACGGUUCCGUCAGUUCUAAUGAGGAGUACUCAAGCUGUUGCAGCAGCUUCAAUCUGACCAGUGUUUUACUCUGCAGUGCAAACGUGCAGGUGACUGUUCAGUCCAGAGGCUUCGAAUCAGAAACUGCCAUCAAACGUUAUCAGGACUGAUCCCAUUGGCUGUGAAAGAAACACUGCUAAAUGUUGCCCCGUCCCGAUUGGCUUACACGAGAACAGAGUCAUAGCAAAGAGACGAGCCAAACAUGCUCCUAGAGUGAAGCACCAGUCAGUCAUGUUAGAGCACAUUAGCAAAAAAUAAAAGCUCACUUUGAGGCAGAAGUUGUGACCCAGCUGUUCAAAACAGAAGAAAGAUGGCGGUGUGCCAUUAAUGUGUAACUUUCCCUGUAAAACCUUCAGACUUUAAACACGAGCUCGGGGUUGGUCAGUCUCAAUAAAGCUUGAGACAGCAACAUCACUGAAGGUCCUGCAGAGGGACAAUGAGUGCAUCUUUAUUUUACAUGUAUUAUGUUUAAACUGUUGUGGAUUUGAAAUCAGUUCUACUUUUCCCCAAGUGGCUAAAAUGGCCAUUAGGCUGCUGAGGUUAACACUAGGUCAUUGUGUUAUUGCACUCAUAGUGGGAUAAAACCGUUUCUGGAAGGUAGUCUGUGACUUUUCAACUGAAAACCAAACAGGAAGUUGUUUUCUGAUGCUCACAUUAGUAUCUGAGGGGUGAUCAUUUUCAAUCACUGUCCACUGUUAAAUGUGAACAGGUUAGCUCCACGAUGCCAGAGCUGCUGAUGAGGACAAGCGGUGCCUGGUUGGCAUCCAUGUGUUUCUCCAAAAGGACUAAACAGCUUAGUUAAUGCACCGAUGUUCCCUGUGGCUCCCUGGCUCACCCCUGGAAUCGUGGCCUCUUCUUCUUCUUCUUCUUGAUCCAUGAGUAUAAUUUCAUGUCUGAGAGUCACAACUUUGACUUGUCUGAUUAUUGAGUUAUGCUAUUAAAAUAUUUGUAAUCA